AUGAUUUCUGACCAUAUUGUCUUCCUAUUAAGUGCUUGUCUACUGACCAACACUGCCUUUUUAGUAGUUAGUCAACAACAACAUACUGAAAUUUCGUAUUCCCCUAAAGACCAGCUCACAGAAUCCAAAGAAUGGACCCGUUUAGCAAUCCAGAGACUAUGGGCGGAGCGAGAACUAAUGGGAACCACUCCAAUCCACGUGGUAGUUCCGACUGGCAUGACAAAUGUGAAAAUUGUAUUCAAAAAUGAAUCAGCCUCUCCAACUGGGUCACUUAAGCAUCGAUACUCAUGGGCACUAAUGAUGUGGGCGUUGCUAGAAGGGCAUGUCAAAAAUGGAACACAUGUUUUUGAAGCGUCAUCUGGGAAUACUGCUUGCUCGCUGGGGUACAUGUGUAGACUGUUGGGGUUGCAAUUUACUGCGGUGGUUCCUGAUACAAUUGAAUUAGUGAAAGUUCAACGCAUUGAAGAGCAGGGUGGAUCGGUGGUUAGAGUUCCUAUUUCUGAUAGAUUAAUAAUAGCCGAACAGCUAGCCAAAUCAACUGGUGGAUUUUUUAUGAAUCAGUUUAAGAAUGCUUUCCAUGCAGAGGAAUUCCAUGAGAGCGGUUCUUCUACUAAAAAGUCUGCAAAUCUCAUGGAUGAACUCUUGAUUCAGCUGAACCACACACCUCCAGGUGUCUUUAUUCACCCUGCUGGAACAGGAGGUACACUCUCUUCAAUUGGAAGAUAUGCCAAAAAGUACGGGUUGAACACCCAGAUCGUUUUGGCAGAUACUCAGUUUUCAAUUUACUAUGAUUAUGUGCUCAAUGGAACUUUCUCAAAACAAACCGGUGCUCAUCACUGGAUCACUCCUGGUAUGGCUGGAAUUGGUUAUGGAGCUAUGGGACCUGCAAAAAUAGCAGAGACAACUAGUCUAGAUCCAGCAGUUAUUGAUCGUGUUUUAAAAAUUCCUGAUCUUGCCAGUACUGCUGCUAUGAAAGUGGCAAGAGAUAUUGGAAUAAAUGGAGGGACAAGUACUGGAGUGAAUUUUCUAGCUGCUUUGCAUAUUGGGGCAUUGUAUAAAACUCAACCGGUGAGCAUAGCAACAAUACUAGCAGAUUCCGGGAAAUACUACGAGAUGACGUAUUUUGAGAGGAAUUGGAUUGCUCAGAAAUUUGAAUUUCAUGGCGGCCUUCCGAUAUAUGAUUGCUGGAUUCAGGUUAUCACAAAAUCGUUUGCCACUGGAAAAGAUCCAUUGGAACGUGGACAAAAAAUAUGCUCAGUACAAAGUUUUUAG